GGGCGGGGCCGCACCUGUGCUGCUGGCUGCUGGAGAUGGGGAGGGGACCGGCGCCCGAAGCAGCUGCGCGCCCCGCCCCGCGGGUUCCUCCCCGCCGCCGCGGCCCCUUGGCUGCUGCCCCGAUGCGCUGCGCCCGGAGCUCGGAACCAGCAGUCGCCAGAGCAGUCGGGGCACCCGGGCGGCCGCCGCCGCCGCUGCCCACACCCCUCGCGGACCCCGUUGGCCGCAUGGAGUCUCCAGAGGCCGCUGGUCAAGGAGAGAUUAAGGAAGUCAAGGUGCCCCAGGCUGCCCUGAGUGUUCCAGUUCAGGACACAGGGGACACUUGUCACACACCCGUGGCAGAAGAGGAGGAGGUUGGCAUUCCAAUACCGGCGCCAGGGUUCCUGCAGGUCACAGAGAGGAGGCAGCCUCUGAGCAGCGUCUCCUCCCUGGAGGUCCACUUUGAUCUCCUGGACCUCACUGAGCUGACCGACAUGUCUGACCAGGAGCUGGCCGAGGUCUUUGCGGACUCCGACGACGAGAACCUUGCCACCGAGUCCCCGGCAGGUCUGCACCCACUGUCCCGGGCUGGCUGCCUGCGCUCCCCGUCCUGGACAAAAACAAGGGCGGAGCAGAACCGAGAGAAACAGCCCCCCAGUGACGCAGAGCGGCAAGGGGCAGUUGUGGAGGCGCCCAAGGAGCAUUAGCCCAUGUCCAUCUGUCCGGAGUCACCGAAGGGCUGGGCCAGACCAUCCACUGUGAUGGCAGAUCAGGACAGCACUGGCACAAGAGACGGGCUCUACCAACUCCCCAGGCUCCAGCCAUCAACCCCUGACGACAUGUCAAAUCCGGGUGCCAGGCACAGGUCUCUGGGUGCCCCCAGCACAAGCACAGCCCAGUGGCCUUAGAUCCAGCUGGUUCCUGAAAUCAGGGACGACGCAGUGUGGAGUCUGCCUUGGGAUGAGAAGGAAUGGAGUGGAAAAUGGUGGCCCGAGUCCCUAGCACAAGACUUUUUGUCUCUUGUGAGAUUCUAGGUAGGCUCAAGGUAAAGGAUCCAAGCCCAUGACAGCUGCUCAGAAACACGUAGGGUUUAUCUUCAGCCUCAGCUCCUAAGCCCAAAGCAGAUUUGGUGGUAGGCCAUGGGCUGGCUCUGCUGUCCAGACAAGCGGUGGGGUUGGUGUUACUUCCAGAAAUUUCCACCUUGACUUACGUUUCACCCUUCCUCUGCCCUGGGCAGGCAUUGCUGUCUCCGUCCCCCAACCUCAGGCAGGCCUGCCUCUUUUGGUCUGUGGGUAUGACAGCUCAAAAGUUGAGAAAUUGGCCCUGUGUCUUCCUUAGUUCAGAACAUCCGCCCUCGGUGACGACUCCCAGACUGCUCGGAGGGGCAGAGUCUUGUGUCUGUCACAGGGGCGUCUGCUGUACAUCUCCAAAUCCUGUUGCCUAGCUCACCCACAUCACAGGUGGAGCAUGCAGUUGUGAGGCUGUGAUGUUGUGGGUCUGUCUCAGGAGCAGCGCAGGGGAGGCAGGGCCAGCCUAGCCACCUGCUGUGCUGGGACAUGAUGGGCACUUGGUUUAGACACUCGUGACACUACUUCAUGGGCUCAAAGGCAAACCAGAAGCUGCUCUGGCCAUGAAUCAAAGACUGGUUUUGAAAUAAAGGUUUACUUGCUUUCUGUC